AUGACUUCCCAACAGACCCGCCAUGAGCGGGCCGCCUCCAGCGACAGAGCACAACCCACGCUCAUGUCAGCUUCACAACGCCCCAGCAUGGGUCGUACAACCUCGGCCCCAACAGGAGGACUACACAGAUUGGAUUCAGAUCGGAGAUGGGGGACUGGAAAAUUAGGUCAGACAUUGGAGGAAGAGGAGGUGCCAAGCAAUGAUAUGCCCAAGCGGUCUCGUUCUCGGCAUGGUGAAGAGGAAUCCAAGGCUAGUCUCGCCGAAGUGACUAUUGCUGUUGUUGGCUCGGACAAUGCUGGCAAGACGAACUUUAUAAAAUGCGCACUGGACAUGAAAAGCACGCCCUCUUCCGUCUUGACCAGAAAGAAAAUGUCACUAGAUGGCUCCGUCUACAUCGUCCGAUUGUUGGAGAUUGAUUUGCAGAAUAUUCAGUUUGAUCAUGAGAGGAACAUCCUCUGGCCACGGCAAGGAAAUGAUUCUUCACCUCCGACCAUUGAUGGGGUGUUGGUGCUGCAUGAUGCAACUCAACCGGACAAAUUCGCCGAAACAAUUGAACUCGUAGACUCUUUGGAUGCAUCUCCACUCCCAUUCCUGUUGGUUGCCUGCAAGUGCGAUUUGCGCCCGGAGGACAGUGGACUGGGUUCUAUCCAUGAGCGACACGAGAUCUACCGGACAUCGCCCGAGUCACCCCGAUCCCAGCAGAUGUGUAUUGCUCUUGUUCUCCGAGCAGUAAUUUCCAUUCGAGCAGACCUCGCUUCGUCUGACCACCCUAAUAAUAAUCCUGCGCCUUCCGUCCCCCCGCCGCGAACAACGACCAAGUCCUUCCAACCCACUCCACCCCUCGAUUGGCACCAUACUCGAGCCAAUUCCGAAGCACCAACCGCCGUGUUAACGGGAGCCGCUGGCGGCUCAACACAGUCGGUUUCAACCCCAACAGCUGCCAUUGGGAAUUGUGAUUGCCCGCCUACCGACCAGGCCCCGCGCUCCAAUCUGGCGCAACAGAAUGCUCCAAGUCUUGCUCGAAAUGCCCGAAGUAACUCCCAACCGGUGCGACCGCAAUCUCCCGAAGCGCGCCUGAAUGCUCGACGACCAUCAGCACAAGGGGAUAUUCCUAUACAACAAGAAGAACAGCCCAGCUUCUCACAACGCAUGCAAUCCGCUUGGCGGUUGAGUGGAGGCCCAGACGCCUUUAACAGCUUUUUAAAUAUGGAGGAAGAGAUGGGGGAAGCCCCAUUGAGUCCGACUAGCGUCGUGCGCCCGAAGCCCAGUAGCGAAAGCAAUUCCAGCACAGAGGCGGGUUUGUCCUUUGAUGAGUUGGUCGACCGCCUCGUUGCCCAGCCUAUGUCGAAACAGGACGGCAAGUUUGCCACCGUUUUUCUCUGCCUCUACCGGAAAUUUGCAGCUCCCGCAACCCUCCUCAACGCCUUGGUCACCAGAUUUGACAAGAAUGAGGCCAGCAAUGCAGAUCAAUUGGCACGCAUGGCUGACCAGUUGCGAUUAUUGAACAUCAUUGCCCUAUGGGCGUCAGAUUACCCCGGUGACUUUGCCUACCCCAAAACCCGCAAACGGGUCAACGACUUUGUCAUUACACUUGAAAAGAGCCAUUUUUACAUGUUCGCGGCCAAAGAGAUCGGAUCCUUCCUCGACGCCAAUGCCGAAGACGACGAUAUUGGCUGGGCAUUCCGAGAUGGAGACGUGGAUGACUCGAGUCUCUCGGAGACUUUCUUUGAUAACUCUGGUCGAAGCUCGCCAGUACCAUUCCUGACUAGUACUUAUGAUGAUGACGAAGAUGAGGAAGAAGACCCCAUUUACAGCAUGAGCGCUUUGGAUCUCAGCGAUGGACCACAUGACUCAACCUCUCGCCUCUCAGGAACCCUUUCUAUCUCAUCCAACACCGACAAACCCUCCAGCACCCUCAAUCAAUCUUUCACUGUUUUGACCCUGGAAGCUGCGCAGAGGGAAGCGCUGCGCCUGGAACUACAUCCUCGAAAUCCACUAACCAAGAUUCAAUGGCGGUUUUUCAUGGAAACACCCGACGAAGAAUUUGCCCGACAGCUUACACGUAUCGAUUGGGUCAUGUACAACUCAUUUCGACCCCGCGAUCUUGUGCGCCAUGUGAGCAUCUCGGGUGUCGACAAGGACAAGGUCAAAAGCUUGCAUAAUGUCAACCGGAUGAUUAAGCAGUUCAAUCAUCUGGCUUUCUUUGUAGCAAGCAUGAUCAUCCUUCGUGAUAAGCCCAAGCAUCGAGCAAAGUGCCUUGAAAAGUUCAUGAGCAUUGCAGUGAAACUCCGCCGCCAAAAUAAUUACAACGCUCUUGGCGCUGUCAUUGCUGCCAUCAAUGGAACACCCGUCCACCGAUUGUCACAGACUCGGGAGUUGAUCCCAGUCGCUACACAAAAAGAUUUCAUGCGUCUCGUUAUCCUAAUGAGCACCCAGCGCAGCCACUUCGCCUACCGGUUAGCAUGGGAGAACUCGUUCUCUGAGAGAAUUCCAUUCUUACCAUUGCACCGUCGCGAUCUGGUUUCCGCAGAAGAAGGAAAUAAGACUUUUGUCGGCGAAAACAAAUCUCGAAUCAAUUGGAAAAAAUUCGAGGUGAUGGGGGAGGCUGUUCUCGGCAUUCAAAGAAGUCAAAAGACACCUCAUCCCCAAGCUCAAAAGUUCGAGGACAUUGAACGACUUAUACUCGACUGCAAGCUUUCUGGUGAUGAAGAGGAUCUGUACGCUCGCAGCUUGCAAAUCGAACCAUCCACCAGCGGCGAGCCCGCACGAAAAAAGUUUGGCUGGCUACAUGACAUCAAACGCCCUCCAAAUGCGGUCCGCCUACCGCGCUCUUCUGCGCGAAAUCCCCUCAACAAGCCGCUCCCUCAACGCCUCUUCCCCCUCCACCAACGCCUCCGCCAGCUCUUCCGCUCCCAAGAACAAACACCCUCCACAACCGGCAGUCCAGACCCAGUCACAAUCCCCAACUCCGCCACCUCCACAGAAAGCUCCUCCUCAUCCCCGCCACUCCCAUUCUCACUGCCCAAAACCGCUGAAGAGGCCACUCUGCGCUUCCAGGAAGCUGAGCAGUUGGCUAAGUACUUGAGGGCACAGCGUACUUAUGUCGAGUUGCUGGAGAGAUAUAACCCUGGCGCGGGUAUGGAUGAGCAGGAGAGGGUUAGACUUACGGCUAGACGGGUCGGACUUAAUGUCCCCGAGCUAUAUGAUGCCGAGACUGAGGGAGGUGGAAAGAAGGACUCUGAGUAA